AUGUUCAGGUUCAUCAGACCGGGGUUCAGCGGCAGUGGGAUGUCAGCUGCGGGAACAAGACUGACGAGGAGGCUGUAUCACCCCAAGGUGAUCGAUCAUUACACAAACCCGCGCAAUGUGGGCUCGUUGGAUAAGACGCUGCCCAACGUGGGGACGGGACUGGUGGGGGCACCGGCUUGCGGGGACGUGAUGAAGCUGCAGAUCCAGGUGGACGACUCUGGCGUGAUCCAGAAUGUCAAGUUCAAGACGUUUGGUUGCGGCUCCGCCAUCGCGUCUUCCUCGUACAUGACGGAGCUGGUGCGUGGCAAGACUCUGGAGGAUGCUGCCAAGAUCAAAAACACGGAGAUCGCCAAAGAACUGAGCUUACCCCCCGUGAAGCUGCAUUGCUCCAUGCUGGCUGAGGACGCAAUCAAAGCGGCGAUCAAGGAUUACCAGUCCAAGAGGAAACCAACGAGCCUCACGUGA